CCUCAGGCCGUUGCAGCCGCGGCCGUUGCGCUCUGGGCCAACGUCGUGGCCACAGUCGGCGAUCGACGCCAUGGCGGAGCUGCCGCUGCCCGCCGGGCUCAGCGCCAGCACCUUCCCCGCCAAGCUGUGGCGCCUGGUGAACAGCCCCCGCGUCCGCUCCGUGCGCUGGGACAGCCGCGCCCAGGGGCUGCUCGUCGACCGCUGCCUCUUCGAGCGGGAGCUGCUCAGCGCGGGCGACGCCCACGGGGGCGGUGGCGAUGGGGCGGCGCCGGUGCCGCACCCCUUCAGGGCCACGCAGUUCGGCAGCUUCGUGCGGCAGCUCUACCGCUACGGCUUCCGCAAGGUGCCGGGCUGGCUUGGCUCAGCUGCGCCGGGCGAUGCCGGCGCCUGGCUCCACUACAGCAGCCCCUGCUUUCGCCGCGACCGCCCCGACCUCCUGCUCCGCAUCAAGCGCCGCAGCGCGGCCAGCAGGCAGCGGCCGGCGGCGGGGCGGGAGGGCCGGCGGCGCCCGCCCUGCGGCUCCCAGCAGCUCCCCCGUGCGCGGCCGCUGCCGGACGGACGGGGCGGGCGCGGUCGCUUCCAGCCGCUGCCCAGGGAGCGGCCGCUGCUCGCCCGGCGGCCGCCCUGCAGCUUCCACCUGCUGCACCGGGACCGGCCGGUGCCGGCCCGGCGGGAGGGGCCGAGCCGCUUCCAGGAGCUCUACGGGGAGCGGCCGCCGCCCGCCGAGCGGCACGUGCUCGGGAUCCCGCCCUGCCACUUCCUCGGGCUCCACGGGGAGCGGCCGCUGCCGCUCGGGCGGGAGGGGCCCCCCAGCCGCUUGCAGGAGCUCUACGGGGAGCAGCUGCCUCUGGCCGAGCAGCAGGUGCUCAGGAUCCAGCCCUGCAGCUUCCAGCAGCUCCACUGGGAGCAGCAGCCCCCAGCCUACGACCCACGAGCCACCCCAGGCACUUCGGCGCCCAGCGCUCCAGCUAGCAGUGCAGGUUGUGCAGCAUUGACAGCGUCCAGCUCAGCACAGAACACACCUGGGCAAGAGCAGUCCUCACCAUUGGAUCUAGGCGCUGCCGUAGAGAAAAUGAUCCGGGAGAUCAGGAGAUCCCUGCCUGUAAAGUCUCCCUCUGCUCAGGGGAAUGUUCAUGCUGUGCCUGAGUCUUCAGGAGGCAAGCCUGUGGACAGAGCUGCAGCAGAGGACUGCUCAUCUGGCACCGAGACCUUCGGGAACAGUUCCCCAGAGCCCGAGGAGCGUGAUCCCAUGUGAUGAACCUGUUCAGGAGGGCUGCCCUGUGUGGCAGGAAGAGACAGAUGGAGAGCCUGUGACCAUCGGGCAGGUAGAAUUCCUCUGUCUCUAGUUAUAUUUAUAGAUGUGUACAGUUAUAUUUAUUUUUCUAUGUAGCUGUAUUUAUAGAUUUAUAUAGUUAUAUUUAUGUAUCUAGAUGGUUAGAGAUCUGUAUAGUUAAUUUUAGUUUUAGGUGUAUUCAGUUAUAUUUUUAGAUGUGUAGGCAUAUGUAUAGAUAUGCAUAAUUGCAUUUAUACAUGUGUAUAGUAAUA